AAAGAUAUUUUGGUAACAUAUGGACUGGAUCUUAUAUUCAUAGUUCCAAUGAAAAAGCCCAUUGGGCUUGAAAGGGUUUCUGUUCUGUGUUUCAGCACUGUUCCGUUCGAUUUUGAGUUUGACAUAAUCCGAAAUUUCAAAUUCCCAUUUGUUUGAAUCAAAGCCAAAAAAGCUUCGCCGAGACGCUUAGUAGUAAACGAUGGUUCCGCCAUUGCUGAAGCUUGACUUCACCCAGGGUCCAAGAGCUGGCGAUUCUCUAGGGUUUAAACCCGGAUCCACUAUCCGGAUCGGUCGAUUCGUCCGUGGUAAUGAAAUCGCCAUAAAAGACGCUGGAAUCUCUACCAAGCACCUCCGGAUCGUCUCCGAUUCCGAGAACUGGAUAAUCCACGAUCUUGGGUCUUCCAACGGCACCAUAUUGAACUCGGAGACUAUCGACCCAGAUACGCCCAUCAAUCUUAGCCAUGGAGACGAAAUUAAGCUUGGUGAGUACACUUCCAUUUUGGUGAACUUUGUGAGUGAUGUUGUUCAGGCGCCGCAGGAGCAUAAGCUUCCGCCCAGGCCAAGGAGGAACAACAAGCGUCUUGCUGUUUCGGAUCCGGAUCCUAUUGAGUCGGUUCAGGAGAAACCAAAGCGCACGCGUGGAUCGUCGAAGCAAGAGGAAAAUGAACUGCCCAAGAAAACUAGGGCUUCGAGGAAGAAGACUCUGGACGAUAUCGCCGAUAAAGAAGAGGAAUUGGAGGUGGAAAUUGAGAAGAAGGUCAAAUCUAGGGUUGGGAGGCCUCGGAAGAACGCAGGCAGUGCAGUUACGAAGGAAGAAGAAGUUGUGGAGGAGAAAAAAGGCAACUCUAGGGCUCGGAGAGGUAAGAACAGUGAGAGUGUGGAGAAAUUGGGUCUGAAUUCAAUCAAAUUGGAAGUUGAGGAUACUCCCAGGGCAGUGGAAAUCUCAGAGGUCAAAAGCAGGAAGAGAGUGGCAAGGAGCAAGCAGAUUGAAAAUGCAUGUUUUGGAUUGGAGUAUGUAAAGAGUGAGGAUACUGCUUUAGAAGUUAAAAAUGAGAUGAGAACUACUAGGUCUACCAGAAGCAAGAAGACUGAACUUGGUGGAGAUUCUUUUCUGGAGUUGGAGAUGGUCCUGAACCAAGCCCGGAAAAGCCGUGCAAAGAGGAAGAAAGUGGAUCAGGAGCCGUCCAAGAGCGUUGUGGAGAUGGAAACUAUAAAUGAUGAUGCCGGAGAAGAGGUUUUGGUGAACUGUCAUGUUGAAGAAGAUAAUGAUAAUGAAGGUCGGGAAGGUUGCAGUGAAAGAAGUGAUGACAAAUGUGAUAAAGAAGAUGAGAGGGAAGGUGAUGGAUCUAAGAGAGUCGAGCAGGUGGAGAUUGAGUUAAGGAAGAAGAGCACAUUAGUAGAAGAUGGCCUGAACUGUACUGUUAGAGAGGAUGGAGAGACAGAGAACUUACAAGAUAUUGAAGAAGAAAACGAUAAUGAAACUCAGGAAGGUUGCAGUGAAAGAAGUGAUGAUAAAUGUGAUAAAGAAGAAGAGAGAGAUGGUGAUGGAUCUAUGAGGGUAGCGCAGGUGGAAAUUGAGUUAAGGAAGAAGAGCACAGUUGAAGAAGAUGACCUGAAUUGCACUGAAGCUGGAGAAACAGAGAACUUACAAGAUAUUGAAGAAGAAAAUGGACACGAAGAAGGUUGCAGUGAAAGAAGUGAUGAAAAAUGUGAUAAAGAAGAUGAGAGAGUUGGUGAUGGGUCUAAGAGGGUAGAGCAGGUGGAGAUCGAGUUGAGGAAGAAGAGCACCUUAGGAGAAGAUGACCUGAACUGUACUGUUAGAGAAGAUGGAGAGACAGACAACUUACAAGAAAUUGAAGAAGAAUGUCAUAAAAAGGAAAGUGAGUGCAAGGUCGAGGAGGCUGGAAUUGCGACAUUAGAUGAUGGAUGUGAUGAGGAAAAGGUUGAGCAGGGCUGGAGCAAUAAGAAUGUAGAGAGGGUAGAAGUAGAUUUAGGAAAAAUGAAACUAAGAGAUUGGUUUGAGGCCAUAGAGGUUCAACUGCCAAAACAGACAAUUGAAGAGACAGAGAAGAUGAUAGAGCCCAUGAGAAGUAAGAGUAUGAGAGUUCACAAGCAUAUUGCAGAGCAAAAGGAAAAGGGCGUGUAAGAUGAUUUGAUCCCUUCUUGCAAGAUCCCCAUUUUGCUAGCUUCAUGAUAUGUGCUAACUUAUACCUGAGAAUACUUUGAUCUCAUUGUUAAGUAGCUAGUAGCUACCGGCUUAAUGUGGUUUCUUCAGGUAUGGUAGGAAUCUUGUUAAAAGAAACUGAAUGACAAAAGCUUCCUAGAAAGCAUCUGUAUCUAUUAGUCGCUUCGUGCACAAUGUAGAUCAUGGUUUUGUGUUUGUGACUGCUAGGAACCACUAGUGUUUGGAGUUUCUCUAUUAUUAUGUGACUGCAACUACCAGCA